AUGCCCAGCGACACCCUUCCGAUCAAGCUGUCACAAGACAGCCUCUUCUUCCCCUUGCCCUUCACGAACGCCACCAUCGAUAAUGUCGUGCAGGUGAAGAACAUGCUGCCGGUCGUGCAAGGCGACCCGAAGGCGAACGUCAUCUCGUUCAAGAUCCUGAGCCGGGUUCAGAACAGGUACUCUGUUCACCCCCCUGUCGGCUUCAUUGGCGCUGGCGAGCAUGCCACGAUUAUCUUCUCCUUCAACCCCGAGCAUGUGAAGAUGACCAAGAACCCGGAGGAGCGCGAGCUGCCAACAGAGGCGACAAAGGAUGCUAUCCACGUCGACUUCGCGGUCGUUGACGCGCAGUCGGUGCAGACGGCGCUGGUGCAUUGGGCUCCUGGCAGCAAGGAGGCGAAGGCGUCGCGGGAGGUCGUAGCCGAUGCUUCGCGGUUUUGGAAGCAGCGCGGGCAGGUAAAGAAAAACUCACCGAUCGCGAUGCGCUACAAGCUCCGGUGCGUCUUCGCGACGCGCAACAACGUUCCAGACAGCCUUGUAAUGUGCAUGAAGGAGGAAGGCGGCACUUGCAAGCCAAUCGCGGACGGCGCAGCCCCGCUGCCGAGGACUCGUCCUCCCGUGACAUCGUCGACGCAGCCGCAGAACAAAGCCCCUCCGGAGGCGCCGCCGCACCGCUACUCUGAGAGUCAAACCACCACACCGGCUACGCGGUCCCCGCACAGCGAUGCCUGCUACACACCGUGUGCAACAGGUUCCCCGAGCAUCUUUGCAGCGAGGCUGAGUGAGGCUGCGGGCGCGUCGGCGCCGUCCGCCUCUCCACCAUCUUCGGCACCAACACAGAAGCCGAGGACUUCCGCCGGGUCUACUUGUGGCGACAUCACGCUGAAGAGCAUCACGGAGCAAGUAAUGCACUACAAGCUCUCCUACAGGGCGGUGGGUGUGCUCCUGUUUCUCACGCUGCUAUGCGGCCUGCUGGAUCAGUCCAACCUCCUGACGUGGCUCAUUGCAAAACACUAG